UUAUUAUUAUUAUUAUUAUUACUAACAACAUUUAAAAACAGACCAUAAAAGCAAUUGAAUGUCAAUCUAUAAAGUUUUUAUAAUUCUGCAAGAGGGAAGGUGAGGGCUAACAGUGGGAUAUCGACAGCAGUUGAGGAGACUGGAGGUGGGAACGCCUGGCCAUGUGCACACCUUGCUCUGACCGUUUCACCUAGCAGUCAUGUUCAGGGGUGCAAUACGUUGUGUUUAAAGACCAUACAUUAAGUAAGAAAUAAAACAAUAUGGGGCGUGCUGUUAUAGGAAAAUAAUAAAUGACAGAAUCAUGUGUAUGUGGCCCAAUGCAAAGCAGAGUUACUGUUACCACCCCACAGUUGGUAAUUUUCCUAUAACAGCAUGUCCUGAAGUGUCUUAUUUCUCUUAUACCACAGCAAAUUGCCAACAAUUACAUUUUUUAUUUUAUUAAUGAAUGAAACACUAUUAAUCAUAGUCAUUUGGUUUUAAAAUGUAAGUUAGACUAUCAUGAAAAUAUUUAAGGAAAUAAUAUUUCUAUUUUGUUAGAAACAUAAUCUAAAGCUGUAGUGGGCCAGAGAGAUGUUCUAUGCAGCAGUUGGCCAUAUGCCAUUAUCAUCAUAUGCCAUAUCAUAUGUGUUUGGACUUGAACUGUGUGGAUAGCAUUAAAAAGGAUUCUUAAACAAUACAGGGAUUUCCAGAGUACCUUCAAGCAGCUUACUGUAUCAUGGGUUCAUUUUAACUUUUUCAAAGCUAUCUUAAUCUAUGUUGAAAGGCAAUGUCACACUUACCAUUAUAUGCCAGAUGGACAAGGACUAUAAGCCGCCUGCAGACCAUCUGCUGAGAUAAUUUCCAAUGGAAAAAUCCAGAAAUUACUGGCCGUAAAACUCUCCCACUCACCUCCUGUACCACAGCUAUAUCAUCAAUUACUUACAGUCAUAAGAAAGCAUAUAUUUAUGGCUGAAAAAAAUAAAAAAUAAUUCCACAGCAGACAAGCUGGCAUUUUGCUUAGCUGCACAUGCCACAUGUGGAGGGUUUCUUACUUACUGUCCACACAAACGGAGACAAAUAGGAUCUAAAGAUGUCUUUUUUAUCAUAGCAACAGUGUGUUGUACCCCAUUAGUGUUUUAGGCUGGAGUGGAAGACCAGGCAUCCCAGUGACUCAUAACUUCUGUAUCAAGGCCAGAGAGGGGCAAGGCUAUAGUUGGGAAUCUCUGCUAGAAAGUGGAACACAAUGUUAAUAGGGACAAGCCCUUGUCACAUUCCAUGUAAUCCAACCAAACACACACAAUUUAUGACACCUUUCCUAUAAUAUACCAUGUGGGUGAAUUUGUAAUCUCUUUACCUCUAAUGCCAUAUUUAUUUUGAUACAUGUAGCUCAAAAAAGAAGAAGAGUAAUGAAGUAAUAGGAUUGGCAUUAAAGAGGAGAUUCUGCUGUAUACUGGUCUAGCUAAAGUGAAAGCAGGGAGGAGAGCAUAAUGUAUAAAGACAGAUAAGCAGAAGUGACGCACUCUCAAAGCAGCUGGACUGCAGAAGGAUUACAGCGAAAGCAGAAGAGCAGACACCCAACCAAUAAGGUAAGACUAGACUAUGCACAGCAAGGGGGACAGCGGUCACUGAGCAACAGUGGUCGUGGAGGAUUUUGGAUACAGGAAAGAAACUCUCAACAGGGCAAACACAAUGAUGGCAAACAGGAUUUAUAAGAAGAACAGUAGAAAUGGCUCGAUUUGUCUUUACUUGGGGAAAAGAGACUUUGUGGACCAUGUGGACCAUGUCGAUAUUGUGGAUGGGGUGCUCAAGGUGGACACUUCAGAACUUCAUGGAAGAAAAGUGUUUGUGCAGCUGGCCUGUUUUUUCCACUAUGGGAAGGAAGAUUUGGAUGUGAUCAGUUUGUCCUUCAGGAAAGACAUUUGGAUCCAGCACAUUCAAGUUUAUCCUCCACCUGCUGAAGACAAACCAGUUAGCACGCCUAUGCAGGAAGUCCUCAUGAAGAAAGCAGGGGAAGGAGCACACCACUUCACUUUUAAUGUUCCAACAAAUCUGCCAUGCUCUGUAACUUUUCUGCCAGCGGCAUGGGACAAAGGCGAGGCUUGUGGUGUUGACUUUAAAAUAAAAGCCUACAUUGCCAACAAGGCUGACGAUCCAGAUGAGAAAAUUGACAAGAAGGACACUUGUCAAAUGAUCAUUCGUAAAAUCCAGUUUGCACCAGACAAGUUGCUGCCUGGGCCCGAGGUGAAUAUAUACAAGCAAUUCAUGUUUUCAGGAAAAACGAUUCACCUGGAGGCCUCCAUAGAGAAGGAGGUUUACUAUCAUGGAGAGCCAAUCCAGGUCAGAGUGAAAAUAAACAACCAGACCAGUAAAGUGGUCAAAAAAAUCAAAAUUUCCAUUAACCAGACAGCAGAUGUUGUGCUGUACUCAACUGACAAAUACACCAAAGUUGUUCUCUGUGAGGAAUUUCGGGAUCAAGUAAACGGCCAAAGCACAUUUGAGAAGGAAUACAUAGUCACGCCUCUAUUGGCCAACAACAAAGAAAAACAUGGUCUGGCAUUGGACAGCAAGCUAAAAGAUGAAGACACAAACCUUGCAUCAUCCACAAUUCUACAAGCUGGCAUGUGCAAAGAUGUACAGGGCAUUCUGGUGUCUUACAAAAUCAAAGUCAACCUCAUGGUGGUCAGUGGUGGUGUCUUGGGAAGCCUUAUAUCCAGUCAUGUUACUGCCGAAAUACCUCUGAUCUUGAUGUCACCAAAGCCAACAGGUGAUGUUUAUGUUAGAUAUUAGAUAAAGGUAAAGUGUAUCAUGCACAGGACUUAUCUAUAUCUAUAUGUCUUCAUCAGUAAUCUACUAAUGAGUAUAAUUUUCUUUUUCUGCAUGCAUCUCAACUGGAACAGAUGUGUAAGUGGAAAUCUCACCUGCAUUACAAAGUACAUUUUUAUAUUUAUUGUGAUGCAACCUGUGUUUUCCCCAAGUUGAUAUAAUUUCAGCUUCUAUCGCUUAGAAUAAAUAUUCAGUUAAAUACUGUACUACAAAGUGUAUUGGGGAAGCUCAGUAUGCUCAGUAUGAUAAGGUGGAAAAGCUGAGUAAUUUGGGUUGGAGUUGCCAAAAGCAUUGCAGAACAUGCACCACAUUGAAAACUCUUUCUACAAGCGUAGACGAUCCUAAUUUUUAUAGUGUUUUUUUGGGAACUAUAUUUUGCAUUAGUACUGCAAAUUAGCACUGACAUUAUUUUUGAGCUUAGAAGUGUUAUUAUUUAGCCAUCUGAAAUAAAUUACCCAGUAGUAAAUACAGGCCACUCCAAACUCUUGCAUUUUAAUCUCGGUCUUCACUUCUUCAGGGCUGCAGAGGCGUCAGUUGAGGAAACAUGAAAAAAAAAAAAUCAUGGAGUUACACAGUUGCAAUUUGUGACAGACAGUAUCUUGUAGUUCUUAUGCUCUGGAAAAAUAAAGGUUUUUUUAGCAUAUUUAAGUAUUUAUUCUAUAUUUUUUCCAGGUAAAUUUGGGGGUAACUACAUACUAUGCAUAAUAUUUGUUUAUUCUAGAUGAGUCUCACCCAGUGAAAAUGAACAGAGCUAUCACAACCUUUUUUUUUUUUUGCAUUACAAUUGAUCCUUUAAAGCACUUUCAUGUAAGUCACCCACAGGAAUAUCACCUAUGGAUAUUAUGUAAGAUCAAGCACUUUUUGAGCCAAAUUAACAAUGUGUUCUUGUCAUCUACUAAGACCCAAGUAUCUCCUAGGAUGAACAAUAUGAAUAACCAAAUGACCAAAUGACUGUUUAUUUCAUAAACCUCGCAUGGACUUCAAACCUGAGUAGAUUCUCUGUCAAAUACUGCCAAUGAAAAACAAAUGAGGAAGAUCUCUGGUGCCUAGAACUCAGACAAGAAAAUCCAAAUAGGCUAUAUAAACAGUCCAGAGAGGUCUCUCAAGAGCAAAUCAUCACUGAUCCUCGGGCCUUGGUGAAUAGAGUAUAACGUUGUUGUUUCUGCCAUUAACAUGUGAACUCAGUGUAAGUGUUUUUGUACAUAAAUUGGUUCUGUAUUAUGUAAAUGAAAAAUAAAUAUAAGUAAGAAAUAUUAAUUCCCCAUGUCCGACUAAUUUUCCUCCAGGUUCUCCAGUUUGAGAAUGAAUGAAUGAAUGAAUGAAUGAAUGAAAAUUAUAUACACUGAAUAUCGGAAAUAUAUAUAACAGCACGGCUGAAUUCUUGAAUCUGACUGGUCAGAAACUGUGCAUUAUUUUUGUAUAAAAGCACAGCUCGGACAGAAGUUCUUGCUGUCACAUGAUUGACAGAUUUAUAUUGAUGCGCUCAUACUAAUGAUAUUGUUUCUAUAGUAACAGCUAUAGCAACUUGUAUGGCAGAUGCUCUACAUAAUCUAAAAUUAAUAUUAAACAGAUUUUGUCAAAAAGUGUUGUUGUUUAACAAAGAAAAAUGUACAUUCGUUGAUGUUUUGAAGUUUUUUUUAGGAGACAUUUAUACAACAUUUAUCGAAGGAGUCUUGAGUUUCAGCAUUUUGUAACAGUCUUGGUGAUUUGCAAAGGGUAAAGUCUUUAGGACAGAGGAGUUUACCCUUUCCAGUUUCUCUGUAAAAUGAAAAGCUGCAGUUUUUGAGAGGGGGAGAGAGAGAGAGAGAGAGAGAGGCUGGUGAGGGAAUAACUGUUUAUUGUUGCUAUAGAGUAAGUGAUAACAGGUACUAACUUGUUUGCAGAUGCUCCACAACAUAAAAUCUGUGACGUGUCAUUCAUUUAUAAAUUAAACAUUGUUGUAAUCAUUAGCAAAUCUCCGCGGUAUAAGAGGAAUACCACACUUCAGACUUUGCUGUUAUACAAAAAUAAUCGACGUUGAGGUGGUAACGGCACGCCGCUUUGCAUCACGCCACAUCACACCAUCCCGGCGUGGAUUAUUUUCAUGUAACCGCAUGUGUGUCGUGUGUUAUUCCUUCCAUAACUUGUAUGCCCAACCUCUUUCAUAUCCUCUGAGCAGACUUUGUAAUGUCUCCCCUCCUUCUCCUUUUCUUAUGAAUAAAUUGUAGUAGAGGUACAUUUUCCAGGUUUCCAUUCAAACUGUUUGAAAACUUAUUCGUUUCCAAUAAUUUUACAGCAUAAGCAUGUAUGUGAAGGCAAAUGUGUCUCAAGGAUCACAGAAAUCCCUUAUUCAUUUCUAAGCCAAUGUAUAAAAGUUCAGGCUUUGUUCAGUUAAAGAUUUAAAAUGAAGUGGCAUAGCUGUCUAGAGUAAAGCGAAUAUUUAACCAGGCUAGACUAAUUACUGGAAACAAAGUUGUAAAUCACCCAAUUAAUUAAUUAAUUAUACAAAAGGAUCAUUUUACUAGGGGCUGCUUCAAAAUUGUGGCCUAGAGAUUGGAUUGUUUGAUGAUAUCUGAUAUUAUGGGUAUAAAUUGUUGCAUUUCUUUCACAAGUCUUAUGUAAUUUUAAUAUUAG